AUGGGAUUGUGCAUUUUAUGUGGCAGUGAGUAUCCAGACGGCGGAGAAUCCAAGUUGAUCCACGAGUCCGGUAAACGUCAUCAAAAAGCAGUUGAACGUCAUUCUCAAGCAGUUGAAUUGACGAAGAAGUCCGUAUUCGUUGCACUGAUAUCCAAGCAUAACAACCACAGUGACGGCAACGUCGUAAACUCCGCUUUCGGCGAAGUUUCACGUGCAACCUGUGGUUAUUUGAACGAUCAUGCUUUCGUUGAGUUCUUAUCGGAAGACGCCGUUCAGAAAGCCAAGGCUGCAAAAACCAUCAAGAUAACAGAUGUCAUACAGCGUGUGAACGAUUCUGGUUGUUCCGGUUUCUUUGAGCAAAUCGACCUAAUUGCGUCGUGUAUUGGCAUCACACAAACUGAGAUAUCUCGACGUGAGGCGUUUCGUGAACGUUUUGAGACAUUACUAUGCCAGUACAUCGAAAACCCCAAUGUGGUUCAGUUUGGUUCGGCUUUAACUGGUGUCGGCACUAAUGAUUCCGACGUUGAUCUGUGCCUACUCUUCAGAAAAGAUGGCUCCUCUCCAAUGAAUGAAUUCUUACGUGACGAAAACGAACUUAUGUCAUGUCAAGUGAAAAACUUCCGAGAGAAUCGUUUGCAUUGUGAGGAACUGUGCGCUCUUUCAAUACGAGAUCAAACGGAUUUGAUAUUUCGUAUUCUAAAAGAUAUCAGAUCAGAGAUGAGCGGAUUUUUUAAAAGCUUGUAUGUUGUCUCGGAUGCACGAUGCCCAGUUAUACGUUUUUGGUCCUAUAAUAGACAUAUGGUCGAAUUGUCCGUAAGCAACGGCAUUGGAUAUCAGAAGUCAUCUUACAUUGGAGCCGUCAUUCAAGCUGAUCAAUCAGGGUUACUACGAAAGCUUGUGCUGGGCUUACGCUUCUGGGCAAUCUCUAACGGGAUUUUUACCUCGGAGAAGAAGAAAACAUGGAAUCUUAAUUCGUACACAUUUACGCUAAUGUUUUUCGUUUAUCUUCAAUACGAGAAAGUACUGCCCGUCUUCAGCCAUUCUGAUGUGGAGGAAUAUAUGAAUGAUGUCAGAGUUGAUUUUGUUGUGCCGUGUUAUUCAUUAUUCGAUAUCGACAUUCGAAAGGUUUUCAAGAAUUUUUUUGUGCUCUGCGUCGACAGUCCUUUGGAGAAAUUAGUGUUCUCGAUGCGAAAUGGACGUCUGACGCCUCUUGAUAAAAUCAGCGAGAAAUGGAAUCUGAAGCCUAAUUCUGUUCUAUUUGUGCAGGCGCUGAGGACAAUGAGACAUGUGAUGAUGUUGUCGUUAGCGGCGAUGAAACAGGAUGCCGAUUCGUUCGCAGUAAUGUUACGGGUCCUACGCACGAACACCGCAAGCAUUUCUCCAAUGACAAACUUUCCACCAAUGGGUACAGAUUUUCUUAUUGUCGUGUUAAAUGGCUCGUGCAGAAUUUCUGGAUUACCACGGGAUUUCGAUGAGUGCGCAGCUGAAACUGUGCUGUCUAUCGUUCUCUGUUCGGUCUUGCGAUGCGAAAAUGUACCUCCUCCUGCGAAGCGAGCUCGUUUUGAAUGCGAGGCUGCUGAUCUCGGGUUUUUUGUUGUCUAUAAGAGGUUAUGGAUGUCUCGAAGAACGCUUCGGAAAAAGUGGACUUGUAUUCUUGGUAAAGACGAGCAAUUCCCUCUCCUUAUAGAAUCCCUUGUCUCUAUUUCCUUGGAUGAAACAACCAAAAAUGAUUGCUGUUUACAGUUCCAAACCUUUUUCGAACUGUUUAAUGAUUCGCUUUGGGUCGGCUUGAAGUUGAUCGAAGGCGAUGCGGUAGAUAUCGGAAAUUUUGCCCACUUCACUGAACAACUGCUGACCAAGUUGCGCGAUUUCCUUGCCUCUAACAAUGCUGGUGCUACCCUGCCGAUCUUGGAAGACUACACAAGCCUCGUGAGAAAAGUAUUUGAACGUGAUCGAUUUCAUUUGAAGUUAUAG